UUCAACAAUCGUCUCUUCCCACCAAAGAUACUUCAAAAGUAAUGGGUAUCGGCUUGUUGAAUGCUAAGCAGAUGGUGAGGCGUAUUCUUUUGUCUUUAGAAACAAGCAGUAUGGUACCAAAAGGCCAUUUUGUUGGGUAUUUUGGAGAAGUUCAAUGA